CCGCUGCCGCCGCUGGGCGCUGGGAGGCGGCCGCGAGUGCCGCCGCCGGAGCCGUUCGGGGAACGCGAGCGGGCGAGCCGCACUUUUACCUUUUCUCUCUUUCUCCCUUCCUCGCCCACCAUGCCGCGGACGCCGCUGCCCGCGGGGGACGAGCGGCGGCUCAGCCCGGCGCCCUUCUCUUGAGGGGGAUGCGGGAGGCGCGGCCGGGACACCGCUAGCGCGACCCGCGCCUCUCCGCCGUCCUCCCCGACCACCAUGAGGGAAGAGCGAGAAGCUGCGGCGGCGGCCGCCUCCCCCGGCGGGGCCGGCCGAGCCCCGCAGCCCUGCCCGCAGCCGGACGGCGGCGGGGCGGCCGCCCCCGCCGAGAGCCUGCGGAACGGAUACGUGAAGAGCUGCGCGACCCCGCUGCGGCAGGACCCCCCGAAGAGCUUCCUCUCCUUGCUGCUCUUCCCUACCGCCUCCUCCUCUCGGGCUCGGCUCGCCCUGGGCGUCCUGGCCGCCGCUGUCCUCUCGCUGCUGGCCCUUCCCGGCCGGGGCAGCGCCCGGGAGCAGCAGGACGGGAGCAGCUGGCGGAGCCCGCGGCCGCUGCACGCCUUGCUGUGCCUGACCCGCUGCCUCAGCCCCCUCUUCAGCAUCGCCUGUGCCUUCUUCUUCCUCACCUGCUACCUGGCCGGCGGCCGGCGCGGGGAGCACGGCGGCGGCACGACCCGCUGGUGGCUGCUGGCGCUGCCCCUGUGCUGCUACUCGGGGGACUUCGUGGCGCUGCAGUGGCUGCUGCCCGCCGAGGGGCGCGAAGAGGAGCCGCAGAUGUUCCUGGGGAGGCUCCUGACGGUGCUGGUCUCGGUGGCGGCGCUGACCCUGCCGCAGAGCUCCCUGAAGUUGCGCCGGAGCCUGCUCGUCCUGCUGCUGUGCAGCCUGGUGUGGCUGGUGUCGCUGAGCAGCCUGCAGGCGCUGCCGCCGGCGCUCGGGCCGCUGCUGGCGGGCACGGUCGGGGUGGCGGGCUGCCUGCUGGCGCUCUGCGGCGGGGAGCACGGCAUCUUCUCGGCGCAGAGCCGAGGAGCGCACCACCAGCAUCACCGCCACCCACGGCUCCCCAGCGCCGAGGAAAAAGUGCCUGUGAUCAGACCCAGGAGGAGAUCUAGCUGCGUGUCCCUAGGGGAGACUUCGGUCAGCUACUACGGCAGCUGCAAAAUGUUUAGGAGACCCUCGUUGCCUUGCAUUUCCCGAGAGCAGAUGAUACUUUGGGAUUGGGAUCUGAAGCAAUGGUACAAGCCCUAUUACCAGAGCGCUGGCAGCGGCAGCGGGGUGGAUCUCUCCGUGCUGAACGAGGCUCGGAACAUGCUCGCCGAGCUCCUGUGCGACCCCUGCCUCCCCCCACACGUCGUCUCUUCCCUCCGAAGCAUUAACAGCCUCAUUGGUGCUUUCUCAGGAGCAUGCAGGCCAAAGGCCAGCCCAUUCACACCAUUCCCUGGCUUCUUCCCCUGUCCUGAAAUAGAGGAUCCUGCUGAAAAAGACCGGAAGAUGCUCAAGGGAUUAAGCAGCAGGAGCAGCCUGCCAACCCCACAGCUGAGACGAUCCUCAGGAGUUUCUGCCUUGUCACCCAUAGAAUCAACAUCAUCUAGAUGGGAAAGGAGCAACAUCAGCAAGAGAUCCCACCAGGAGUAUAACACACCAAGCCAAGGAUCUCACUCAAAUGGGUCUUUUGGUGCCAACUUGCUGACCAUACCAAAGCAAAGAUCAUCCUCUGUGACCUUGACUCAUCACAUGGGUCCCAGACGAGCAGGUGCUUCUCCUGGCCUGAGUCCCGUGGGGUCACCGAGCCAUGGAUCUGUCUCCAGUGGGGCUUUCAGCAACUGGUCACCUGUAGAGUUCCCUGACACUGCUGAUUUCCUCACCAAACCAAGCAUUAAUAUCCACAAGCCUCCAGGACAUGCACCUAGCUCUCCAGAUUUUCAGCAGCCUGUUAAAACACCUGUAGGUUAUAUGUGUAGCAGCUGUGGACGUCAGAUACUCAAGCCUGUUCCAAUACCAGAACCAGACUUUGCAGAAUACAGAGAGAGAAAAUCAGGUGAAAUUGCAAGUACUAAUGUCUCCCAAGACUCUUUCCACCAUACAGAGAAGAGGAAAGAUGAAAGGAAGGAAAUGAUUGAUCAAACACAAAAUAAACUGCUUGUGGAACAGGGUUCUACUUUAGAAACAAUGUUAUUAGACCAUGAUUCACUAAUGGAGAAGAUGAACAAUUGGAAUUUCCAAGUUUUUGACCUUGUGAAAGAAAUGGGAGAUCAGUCUGGAAGGAUCCUUAGCCAGGUGUCUUACUCCUUGUUCCAAGACACUGGCUUGUUUGAGAUUUUCAAAAUCCCCACUCAAGAAUUCAUGAAUUACUUCCGUGCUCUAGAAAAUGGCUACCGGGAUAUUCCCUAUCACAAUCGUAUCCAUGCCACGGAUGUUCUCCAUGCAGUGUGGUACCUGACCACGCGGCCCAUUCCCGGAUUUCAGCAAAUCCGUAACGAGCACAUCAUGGACAGUGAUAUAGAUGAAGCCAGUGGUAUUGCCCCAGUUCAAGUCAUCUACACUUCUUCAAAAAGCUGUCCUAUUGUUGAUGACAGUUAUGGGUGUCUGGCAUCAAAUAUUCCUGCUCUAGAAUUGAUGGCUUUGUAUGUAGCAGCUGCCAUGCAUGACUAUGAUCAUCCUGGACGUACAAAUGCUUUCCUGGUGGCCACAAAUGCACCUCAGGCUGUUCUCUACAAUGACAGAUCAGUCUUAGAAAAUCACCAUGCUGCAUCUGCCUGGAAUCUUUUCUUAUCACGACCAGAAUACAACUUUUUAUCAAACCUCGAUCACGUAGAAUUCAAGCGCUUUCGUUUCUUAGUGAUUGAAGCAAUCCUUGCCACAGACCUCAAGAAGCAUUUUGAUUUCCUUGCAGAAUUUAAUGCCAAGGUCAAUGACAUGAACAGCAAUGGCAUAGAAUGGAGCAAUGAAAACGAUCGCCUGCUGGCCUGCCAGAUAUGCAUCAAACUGGCUGAUAUCAAUGGCCCAGCCAAAAUCAGAGACCUGCAUCUGAAGUGGACUGAAGGCAUUGUCAAUGAAUUUUAUGAACAGGGUGAUGAGGAAGCAAGUCUUGGAUUACCUAUAAGCCCCUUCAUGGAUCGUUCUUCUCCCCAGCUUGCAAAACUGCAGGAAUCUUUCAUCACUCACAUAGUUGGCCCCCUUUGCAAUUCCUACAACGCAGCUGGGUUACUUCCAGGGCAGUGGGUUGAUGAAGAGGAGGAGGAUGCAGAAAGCACUGAAGAUGAUGAUGGUGCUCAGUUAGAGAGUGAUGAUGAAGAAAUGGAAGAUGAUCUCAUUUUAAAAGCUCAAAGGAAAAAAGGUAGACGAAUAUUUUGCCAGCUAAUACACCACCUCAGUGAAAACCACAAAAUAUGGAAGAAAGUGAUUGAAGAGGAAGAAAAAAACAAAACAGAAGGAGCCAAACUGCUGACUGAAAUCUCAUCUUUACCUCAAGCAGAUGACAUUCAGGUUAUUGAGGAAGCUGAUGAAGAUGAUGAGCGACAGCUAGGAGAAGACAAGACAUGCUAAGGGAACUCCAGUGGUGUCCAGUGUGAUGACAGCCUAUGUUUUUUCCACUGUGCUGACUUCAGCCUGACACAGCUCACAUAAAAUUGAAAGGCCUUAAUACUGUGAGAGGAUUCUUUUCACUCUGGUGGAAUCCCACUCCUAUGCACUUUCGCCACACAGAAUACAGAACUUUAUUCAGAGAUUGAGUAUUGUAUACCCUGAUGCAAAGUUCUUUAUGCCUUAGUUGGUAUAAAAUAUCCUGAUAUAAUGCUGCCUUUGCUGAAUAUGGAACUCUUCUUUUCCUUGAGGUACCUGCAGUUUUUAAAAAACAUUCAGUGACUUUGAUUACCAAAGUGGCAAGAACUUUUUGCUAACAAGGAACCGCAGGAUGAAUCCUAAUGUUGUCUUGAGUUGCUUAUUUCAUGUUGUUUUUGAACAUGAAUGAGAAAAAAGUCUGUGCCUACAUGAAAACUAUGUUACUGCUGCAGUGCAAGCCUGUUGUGGGGUGUCUACUUAGUGCAGUAGUGUGCUUCAUGUAGUCAUCUCAGAGCAACUGUUCAAGGACUGUGACAUAAAUGCUGAAUCUUGAUAUUUGUGGUUUAAAAAGAGGAAAGAAAAUCCAGGUGCAUCUAUUUCUGAUGCUUUUUAUUAUUGUGCAUAAUCUGAUGUUUUAUUUUUGCAGAAAAUAUUCAGGUUUGCAGUGGAUGUUCAUGAUAAUUCAUUGAAUCCAAGGCCAUUCUCAUCUGUUGCCUUGCUGUUUCGUGGUAGAACAUUAAAAACCUGUUCAGCUACUUAAAUUAUGAAGGAAUUCUAUUCUUUUAGUCAUAAGUAAAGUUGUAUUUCCUGCCCUUACUCAGGUUCACGUUUAAAAACAAGUCAACCACAUCAUAGAUUUUUAUCUUGCACCCAUUUCCCAUAUUAAAUUUUAAGGAAAUAAGAUCUUAUCUCAUUUAUUCUUUGUAUGUAAAGCUUUAGGAGAAUUAAAGAUUUUUUUUUUUUAAAGACAUAAACUACUGUUUCAAAAUGCCUAUUUUAAUUUGCCCCACACUUUUUUUUCCAUCACAGAGACAGCUUUUAUUGCUUUCAAGUUUGAUGUACAUCCUGAAAUACACAUAUGGAAACCAGAAGGUGGAAACUUUGUGUACAGCCUGAUACAAGAUAAAAAUCACUGUACUGUACUACAUUUUAGGUUGCUGAGUUUUAAAAUAACAAACUUACACAUUCCACCCCAAUGUAUUUCUAGAAACACUACCAUUGUAGGUCUAAUUUGUAAACAAACAAAAAAGUCAUAAAUUAGGAUACAAGUAAGCAAGCCACAGAUAAGCCUAGUUUUAAAAGUGCUCCUUUUAAUACUAAACCCUUAAAUGCUGUGUAGUUGAACUGAAUAAAACCCAAAUGCACGUGUGCUAUUCCUAAAUGUGUGUUAGCAUAUUUGUGUUUGCAUCAAUUGACUUGGGAAAAAAAAGAUAACCUUGUGUAAACUGUAUUACACUAUUUUACACAGAUUUUGAAUCUGCUAUUUCAUUGGCCAGUUUAAAUAACUGAAAGGUUUGGGGUUGAUUUUUUUUUUUUUUUCAUUUUUCACUAAUAAGCCUUUUGUUGAUGCACUUAAAAGACCACUGAAAUGUGCUUUUGCUAUAUCUUCAGUGCCAAAUUCCCCUUUGCUGCCAUUAUCACUAUCACUGCAGUUUUUUUGUAACAUAAGCAGUGUUAAACCAGAUAUUUCUGUCAUUAAUAAAAUAUUGCACAAUUGAA